AUGCAGUUGAGUUUUGAUCCCACACCUGUAGCCGUUAUUGCUGUUAUUGCUGCUGCUGCUGCUUCCGCAGCUGCCGCUGUACCGGCGGUCGGUCAUGAUAACGCCGUCAUCGGCGCGGUGAACCGGAAGUUAUCGGGGCAGAGCCGAAAUACUGUUGACCGGCGAUCGUUGAUGGGGCAGCGACGCUUGGGACACCGGAGUGGUAGUAACAACUGUGGUCGUCGUCACCGUCGUCGUUGCGGGAGGCGUACUGCGGUGGCUGUCGGUGAUUGA